AAAAAUUGUUCGGAUAGGUCCUACCGAGUUCUACAUAAGAGAUUUACGGAUAAUCGCAACGGUAUCGGUAAUUUUUCUUGCUACCUAGAUAUUUCUUGGUGAAAGUUUGUUUUUGAUGUACUUUCUCGGAUUACUAUGGAUGUGCUGUGUGAAAGUUAUUUUUGAAUAGAAAAAAAUUCAGAAAAAAUUUGUUACUACUAUACUAUGUGAGCAGGUUCACGACUUCUAAGUCAGAAAUCGGCCUCCGGAAGCAUUGGUAGAAGGGAAAUUAUAGAAAACCUAUUGUUCCGAUAACAUUCAACUUUAAAAAUAAGCAUUGCAAUAUUGUAUUGAAAAACUGUAAUAAUAAAAAACGUGAGUGCUAGUGUGUUUGAAAACAUGUAUGUUGAGUGACAAGAGAUGGAAUAUUUUUUGAUCAAGAUUUUGUGCUAUUUUAUUUUGGCAGAACUAUCAGAAGUUGUCUACUCGGCAAGCAAUGGUCUGAAAUGGGUACGAGUGAACGUACCUCAGUACCGAGUACCAGGUGAAAUAGCUCAGCUGCAAUGUGACUACGAUUUGGGUAACGACAGCCUUUAUUCAGUCAAGUGGUACAAAGAACAUGAAGAAUUUUAUCGAUACGUGCCAAAAUCUCGACCCCAGUCAAUAUCGUAUACAGUAGAGGGAGUGAAUGUCGAUAUGACUAAGUCAGAUAGCAGGAAAGUGGUCCUUCAUUCCGUGAACUGGAGGACUAGUGGAUUCUUCAGAUGUGAAGUGUCAGCUGAGGCGCCAUCUUUCGCCAGCGCACAAAGCGAGGCUAGAAUGGAAGUUGUCUCACUUCCGGAAGAAGAUCCGAUAAUUUCCGGCGUCGAGGAACAAUAUCAGAUCGGCGACGAGAUAAACCUAAAUUGCACUUCAGGACGGAGCCGUCCGGCGUCGAUACUCCAUUGGUACAUAAAUGAACAACAGAUCCAAAAACCAGAAGCACUGAUGCAAUAUCCUACGGAACAUCAUGCGAAAGGUCUAGUCACCACUACGCUAGGUCUAAGAUUUACUCUUAGCAAUCGCCAUUUCCUAGGGGGUUCAAUGAAGGUGAAGUGCGUAGCAUCGAUAGCUCCAGUACUUUUUAGUGAGGAUACCGAGACUGUAGUUAAAAGCUUGCCAGUUAUGAGGGAUAUGAGAGAGGCGCUUUUAUUGGUUAAAAGUUCCUCCAGCCAAAGUAAAGAAACCCUAACCUUCGGCCUGUUGAUAUUUAGUAUAAUAUAUUUGAUGGUGACAUAGUGUUUUUAUUUUCGUUAAUUGCAGAUUCCAAAAAUAAAAAAUAAAAAUAACUUUGUGAAAAGACAGUUAUCUUUGUUGUGGUUUUGGCACAAGACUUUAAAUUUAAAAAAUACUUUCUUAAAUCAAGGUAUCGUUGUAAAUGGGAAGCAGAUAUUGGUUUUCUGGCUAUACAGUAAUAUGGAUAUAGACAUUUUAUUCAAUUUUGCGUCAAGAAUACUCUUAUUUCAAGAAUGAUCAAGAGCGAAUGAGGCAAUUUUCGCAUUUUCAUUACAAAAAAUCCCUCACUAGCUUUAACGUUUAACAAAUCUGAUUUUUUUUAUGUCUCGGAUAUUUAUAUUUAUCAAUUCUUUCUACACGUUUUAUGGUUUUUUCAUUUUUUUUUUUAAAUAACACUUUGUGCAUAUUGCACCGUCUUGCUCAUUUACCACAUAUAGGUACUAUUCAGGGUGUAUCAGAUUUAACUACAAAAAUUUUAACACGUGAAAAUAUGGCCCAUUUUUAACAAAAAAAGCUUAUACAACAUAGGGUCCAAACUCAACCAUUUUUAAGAAAAAGGCCUUUGAAGUUUUGACAUUUUUUGACAAAUAUUUCAAAGAUAAAGAAAAUUUUAAUCAUUAUGAGAUGUAAAAAAUUUUAGUUUAUUCAAUUAUCAAGUAAUUAUGCAUUAUUAGUCAACAACAAUAACAAAAAAUUCAAAAAACAACAUAAAAAUUUCACUUGAAAUCGGUAUCUAAACAUUUGGCAACAUAGCACAAUGAAGAAUAGGUGGUUGACGUUGAAUCUUGGUAGAACUGAAUAAAUUGAUUCUUGAUUUGUCGUGUCUAGCUGGGAAACCCGCGUAAUUCAAAUUCCUUUUUUUUUAAAUAAAAUGUUUAUACAAACGUCGAAUAUGCAGAUAUUUGUUUAGGCAGAAUCGUUACAAAAUGCUCAUUUAGCUGCCAAAAUUUACAGGGAAACUAGAGAAAGAGGUAUGAUUAGGGCUCUCGGGAACAGGGUAGAACGCAUACUCCGAUUGAGUUCAUUUUUGGUAUACAUAUAAAGCCCGCUGAGAGAAAUUUUUCCAAGAAAAAAAUGACCUUAGCCGCGACGUUGACCGUGACCUUGACCAGUGAAAUUCACAUAAAUAUCAAUUUAUGGUGCUGAAAUUAUGUAUAGCGCCGAAGAGCAUCAUAAAUAACCCACACGCCGAGUUUUAGCCUUCAAGAUCAUACAUAUUCAGAGAUACGGCGACCCCGCAUUCUUAGUUUGGGCUCUCGGGAAUGGGCUAGAAGGCGUAGUCCAAUCGAGUUCAUUUUUGGUAUACAUAUAAAGGCAGCUGAAAGAAAUUUCCCCAAAAAAAAAUUGACCUUGGCCGUUGGCCGUGAACUUGACCGUGACCUUGACCAGUGAAAUUCACGUAAAUAUCUAUUUAUCGUGCUGAAAUUAUGUACAGGGUGGGCCAAUUUGGACACUUUUAAUAGGAAACAUCAUGAUAUUGAAUAUUAAUUACUUAUCUAAAACUGGAUACAGUGUACUGAUUAACAACGACAACCAAGCGCGACAAGCUAGAUAAAAUAAAAAUGUUCAAGGAUACUAGCAUGCAUUUCAAGAAUGGGUUAAGUUGAGUUGUUUUGCAUUAUUUUGUAAUUCUCGAUUAGAUAGGUUUACGGGACUAGCACGCAGUACAAAGACGGGUAAGUUCGGGUUAGUUUGCAUAUUUUUGAUCAGUUUCGAUAUAGCACAGUUAUUGUCGGUUAAAGUGUACCAAUUUCAAAAGUUCAGUAGAUAUUAUACGCUUUAUCAUUACUCAAUAAUGUUUUUUUCAAAAAAUGGUUUGAACACUUAGCUCUUCUCUUCAUUCGAAUAUCUACCACAUGAUGCUUUUUACGUUUAUUAAAUUUUUAUCUGCUAAACAGAGCGAUUGUGAUAUUAAGCUGAUAAGAAUAGGUAGAUAUUAUAUAUUGAUCUGUGUCAAAUGUCGAGAAGAGGAUUGAUUCAAUAUUUAUAAAAUCCAAUUUAUAGUUAUUUGCGCCAACAUUUUCGAUCAUAAAACAAUAUUUUGGGAUCAUACUAAACUAUCUAUAAUGAAGAAGCAUGAUAUUUUUUUUGAAGGACCUUUACUGAACUGUUACCUUUUACGGCCUAAAUAUGUAUACCAAAAAUGAACUCAAUCGGACUACGCCUUCUACCCUGUUCCCGAGAGCCCAAACUGCGGAGUUGCCGUAUCUCUGAAUGUGUAUAUGACCUUGAAGGCUAAAACUCGGUAUAUAGGUUACUUGAGAUGCCUUUCAACACUAUACAAGUUUUCAGCACGUUAAACUGCCAUUUACGUGAAUUUGAUGGUCAAGGUGAGGAUGACGGUCACAGUCAAGGUCAAAUUUUUUUUGGAAAAAUUUCUUUUGACGUCCUAUAUAUGUGUACCAAAAAUGAACUUGAUCAGAAAACGCCUUAAAGCCCGUUCCCGAGAGCCCAAAAAUUACCGAGAAAGAUUUCCCAAGAGAAAAGCACCCACCGGAUGAAAGAACAUUGUGCCCGUUUUACAAAUAUUGCGUGAUACAAGAAGUGUGAGUGUACAAAAUCUGCGUGUUGAUUUUAGUGUUUUGAGAACCUUUUAACAAAAAAUAAUAUGUUCACAAUAAGGAUUUGGCAAGUAGCUGAGUAAGUAUUAUUUGAUUUUUCUCUUGAAUGUUUGGUGCAAAAAUGUCAUUGAGUGCAAUUCAUAGCUUAAUAAAACGGCACAUUUUUUAUUUUUACUAGAAAAGUGAUAAAAAUGCAAGUUAUUAUUUACAUUAUUUGCAAACCAAUAACAAACCAAAACGUAAACAGAUGGAAAUAAAUAAACUCCGUGCAAAAAAAAAAAACUUUUAAUUUACCAGUUUUAUUUACAUUUAUAUCCUAGCAGAGAUAAUACCUGCACAAUGUUGUCACGUUGUUAACAUUUUUCUAAAUUUAAAUUCUGCGGUAACUUCGAAAAUAUUAACAUUUGACCCAUGGUUAAUAGGACAGUUUUAGCUUGAAAUGGGCCAUAUUAUCUCAUGUUAAAAUAUUUGUACUCAUACCUGAUACACCCUGUAGAAUCUUGGACACCGUGUGUUAUUCCUAUUUUCUAUAAGAACUAAUGACAAAAAACGGUUUCGUUUAAAAAUGUAUAGUAAGUAUCUACUGUUUUGUUGAAAACAUUUAAAUCAGAAUUUACUUUUGUUUCAAAUUUGAUUCAUUGAGAAAUAAAUGACUGUUGUUGAGUUUUAAAUAUCUACUUUCAACAGAUUUCAAAUCUAUUUCUUGUCGAUUGGCUUGCAGUAUCAAUUAUUCUCACAAAAUAUCAUGGCCCAAACCAUUAUUCGUAAAUACAUUUAUUAGUAAUAGAGAAUAGAAGCAGAAACAAAAUAUAUUUUUUCAAAUUUAUUAUAAGUAGUCUUCUUAAAAAAUUAUAGUUAUACCCAUUUCAUUUGUUAUCGACAAUCCAGAAAUGUAGCUAAUUCUUUAACUCAUUUCUCUCAGUAUAAUAUCUAUAAAAAUAUGUAGUUUAAAUAAUAAGUGUAGAGUAAGGGUAUAUUUAAGAAUUAAAUUAAAUCGUGAAUGAAAAAGAAAAAUUAAGCAUUAAGCAACUGAAAUUUAAAAACUGUAAUAAAUAAUUAUUAUUAUUAAUGUAGCUCAUGAUAAUAAAAUUUAAAAAAAAAAUCUUAAAAUGUAUUUUAAAUGAGUUUCUAGAAGAUACUGUUUUAGUUGGUGAGCUGACCAAAAAGUUCAGCUUGAACUGUAAAUACGCUUUAAGAAUAUUUUUUAUUGAACAGACGAUGUGAUAUAUAUAUUAUAAUUAGAAAAAAUUAUAUUCAAACAUAUCUUGCUUUGUAAAUAUGUAGGUCUGAAAGAAUAUGUUUUGGCCGCUAGAUCUGUUUCCAUACUUUCUCGGCAUAAAUUAAUUAGUGGAACGCUACUUUACACCUACUCAAUAAGACUCAGUCAUAAUUUAUAAAACUAAAAUCUUCCCCGUAAAUUUCAAUGAUGACGAUGGAUAGUAUCGAGCGGCGCAAGACUUACCUAAAUUUAGGCCAAUAAAAGAUGUAAUUGUGAUUAUCUGGCACUUCUCGUAACGAAAAUUUCAAUAAUAGUCAAUUUACAAAUUGUAUAAUUGUGAUUAUCAAAACAAUUUUGCUAUUAGUUAUUAGGUACAUACUUACUUGGUGUAAACAAUGACGCUUCUCCUUCUUGCACAUAAGCUAAUUUCUAGAAAAAAUUAUAAUAAUCAAAUUUAAGAUGGUUGUUUAGAAUAUUUGGAACUUUUAUUAGUGUGUCUGCAGGGUCUACUUUUAAAAAUUAAAAAGU